AAAAAAAAAAAAAAAGAAGAGGAAGAAGAAGAAAAAAAGCGUCUCCUUUCAUAGGUACGCUACACAGUAAUAGAGGGGCAUUCGAUCAGGGUUUUGUUGACUGGUAGUUUCUCCGAAGGCCGCUAGCAAAUAACCGCACGAUCUACCUAUAUUCGCGCAAAAGCCAGCGGCGGGCACUGCAUCCACCAAAAGGACCCCACAGUUACGAGACUCCGUCGAAGCAGCGCACCAUUAUUACGCCAAAAUUUUAGGUACCACUACUGCCAACCUGCCGACCGCCCAACCCAACUCCAAGUUCCGGUGCAGGGAAGAAAAAAAAAAAAAACUUUUUGCCCACACAAACCCUCACACGCCUUUUGUGGGAGUUGCACCCAAAGUCAACUUGCGCAGACUUUUUCCCCUCCUCGCUUCCUUGUGUUUAUUCAUUUAGGAUUCGGAGAAGAAAUAAAGUGAGGUAUCAUUUUCCUCUCCGCUACCCGACAGGACUUGACGCAGUACCUAGUCUUGCCUACCGACUGUCUUCCAGACUCGCGGCACGGUCGCUUUGCGUUCCCAUCAGCUGUCUGCAGACUAACGGAGAAAGGACUUGCUGCACCACGUCCUUUCAAGUUGUUCCUCGUGCUUUUUACCGCGGACCUCCAACAAUCAACACACCUCACCUCUUCCUCCUCCGUUCCCCUGACGAAAUCGAUAUCGUUCGACCGACGAUCGAGUUCCCCUCGCCUGUCUUUUUCGCACGCGGAACGGGCGGCCUUUGUCCUCGGCUUUUCCCGACCGUUUGGAUUGGGUUUCAGUCUCGGCGGAAGCCCUCGCGGAAACAUCCUUCGAUCGAUCGGCCCUUCCGAGUCGCGACUUUUAAUCCAGCGACUGCAGUCUCUUGCUUGCUAUAUCUGGUUCAGACUUAAUCCCGAUAACUCGGGGAAUUUAUCCUCUGCCUCUCCGGACGAUUGCUGGGGAGGCAUCCCAACCCUUGGGGCCGAGGCACACAGAUUAUCGUUGGUGCCUUGAGUUGCGCAAAUUCACUUCUGAAACUUUCUUCUUCUUUUUUCUCACUCCCCCGAGUGAUUUGAUUCGUCAUGGCUUCCACAUUGACGAAGCCCGCCUCGUCUGCGGAUACGCCUGCGAGCGCUCCCGCGUUCUCAUAUGCACAGGCUGCCCGUGGUCAGGUCGCGACUCCCGCGACUACUCCACAGCCAGAAAGCUCUGCACCGCCCUCGACGACGAAUACAGUCGGCUCGUCGGUCACCUCAUCUGUUGCGUCAGACGUGCAAGACAUUCCCAAAGCCCUCCAGGAUUCUACAGAUCUCUCAACCGUCAAAGUUACAGACUCGGAGCUGAGCUCCGUGGUAGGGUCAACCACCCAGGAAUCUCGUGACGAUGCGGUUUCUGUCGCUGGAUCGCAGUCCCAGCCUGCGGCCAAGGGGUCUGAGACAAGAAGACCUCGCAAGGGCAAGAAGGGCAAGAAUCAAGACAAGACCAAGGAGGAUGAACAGGACCGGGCGAAGGAGAACCUGAAGACGGUUGAGCAGGUCAAGGUCCAAUUGUCCGAAGCUCCCAUCCCCUCCGUCAAUGUGUGGCAGGAGCGUGCCAAACAGAACCCGGCGCCGCAAAAGUCGGUUGCGAGCACAACCACUGCGACCACGCCCGAGGCUAAGAAAGCAGAAAACGGACCAGCAGUCCGGGUGCCGAAGAAGCCAUUGGAAUCAUCUCGCAAUGCUGUUACUCCAAACGAAUCACGUAGGACGGCCCCUCGAGGUAGCCGGGUGCAGGCGGAAAACCCUCCUUCAGUCCAGGAUCCCACUUUGUGGCCCUCAAUAGAGCUUGCGGCCGUGGAUGAUGGCAAGAGUAAACCCACUGAGAAGCCUGCAGUCUCAGAGAAGCCUGACGAAGCUUCGGCAUCCUCAAAACCGAAGAAGGAGUGGACUCAUUUUCCUAUUACACCGACAUAUACAUACGAAACACAGUUCAGCCAGCAUGCUAAACAGCCGCGACCUCGUGGCGGAGCUCGUGGUGGUCGCGAACCUGGAAGCACCCGUGGAGGACACGCAUCUGCAUCUGGUCCUUCCGAAGACAAGGAGCCCGCCAGUGCAACUGCAGUGUCAACCAAGGGCCAGACAGAGUCGAAGGAACGGCCACGAGAUGCUGCAGCUCCCCAUGCCAGGCAGACGUCGCAGGCGCCUACAGUCCCCAAGCGAGGGGGUAUGGAUACCUCGGCACGUGAGCCGCGCAAGGCCGCUGGCGCAUCGCCGGCGGACAAGGCCAAGGGCGAGCAUGCUGCAACAUCAUACCCAGCCAAGGGAGAUGCUCCGACUCGGGGCUCGCGGGCAGAGCUUACCAACGGAGACCACGCUCCAGCGGAUCGUCGUAAGCACUCUGGUGAGAGGAACCACGCCAGGGGCCACGAUGGUAACGGCGAGAAUGGCCACCAUUCAGUUCGGGAAGGUCGCAGUGAACGUGGCCGUGGCGGAUAUCGUGGCCGCGGAGGCGGCGCUGGUCACAACGGGGCCGGCCACCACCAGCAGGGCAACUUUGGGCCCAAUGGACAGCGAUACAUGGGCGGCGCAAAUGGAAUGGGUUCCCAGCCUUUCAACCCAGCCUCUAACCAGUUUCAGUACUCGGGUCAUGGAAACGGCCGCAAGUUCCCCUCCCGUGCUCAAACUGGGCCCGCUCACAAUGGACAGCGCGCGCACAACGGGGCAAACAUGGCUGGCAGGAUGCCUUCUCUGCCGGUUACAACCUCGAACCAAGAAUAUUCCAUGCAGGCGUACCCCCCGGUGUACCCCGCCCCACACUAUGGCGAUGAGCUUAUUGUUCAAGGCCUGAAGGCUCAAAUCGAGUUUUACCUCAGUCUUGACAAUCUUGCCGGAGACCUUUACCUGCGCCAAAGGAUGGACUCUCAAGGUUUUGUGCGUCUCACCACUAUCGCCGGUUUCCGCCGUGUUGAGAGCCUCUCUCCCCGCUUUGACUUCAUUCAGGCGGCAUGCGCCCAGUCGCAAGAGAUCGAUUACGUUACUGGCGACGACGGUACUGAGCGUGUACGAUCUCGUCAUGAUAUGACGCCGUACAUCCUGGAGUAUAGCCGUCGCGCCGAAGAAGGCAAAUCAAACGGGCCGGCCAGCGUCAUCUACCACAACAUUGAUCGGCACACGCACCCAAUUCCCUAUGGAAAUGGCUACCCUCACCACAUGUACACGUCGUCCCCCACCAACUAUCACACGGAGUUCCCAAACGCGAGUGCCAACUCGGCCGUGGAUCCGCACGCUUACUCAAUGUACCCUGUCAAUGGCUCGCAGUAUGGACAUGGACCAGUCAUGAAUGGACACUAUCCCGUAAAUGGUCAUCAGCUGUCGGCGACCGUUCCCGACUUUUCACCAGUGUCUCAGCAGCGACCAAGCAUUGAGGAGUUCCAGCAGUUCAAGGACAGCGACAUUGAGAAUUUGACUGUCAUGGUUGCGGAUAACAAGCCGCGUGUGUCGGUCAAGGGAGCUGCAGACGAAAACCUGGCGAAUGGCUCAGCAAACCACGGCUCAAGUUCUGAGGGUGCAAAUGAAGCCAACAAGACCAACUACCCCGCUUUUCACUCGCAGGCUCUUGAGCAACGCAAGAAGAGCGCGCCAGGGGAGACUUGCCCCGACAUGCACAACCUUUAUAGGUUCUGGGUGGACUUUUUGUCCAACUCUUUCAACAACAAGCUCUAUACCGAGUUCCGUCAACUUGCUCUGGAUGAUGGUGCCAAGCAGCCGCCGAGCCCUGCUGGUGUGAGGUAUCUCCUGGGCUUCUACGAGAAUCUUGUCAAUAGCAGGCGACCGUAUCCCGCAGUGCUCGACUCUCAUUACCACGAGGCACGGAAGGUUUCUGAUGCCCUUUCCAGUGUUACCAACGGGGAGGUGCAUGCAUAGGCACAUCACAUCACAUGACAUUGUUUAUGAGUUGUGUUUACUCGUUCCUGUGGCGGAGACGAAGUCGGAUGUGUUUGAUUUUUCUACAUCUGAGAAACGCCGUUCAUGGCCACUGGCGAGACAUACCGAGAGCCUUGGCUUGCUGGCCGUCUUGGUCUAUUCUCUGCCCAUCCAAAUAUAACUCCAGGGUUCACACCAACGUUUUUUUUUUGCGUUGGGAUAUCAUCCUAUCGACUUCUCAAGAGGGAACUCUGUGGGCUUUCCCUCGGUUUUUCACGAUGUGAAAAGACAUGACUUGCGGUAGACGACUGGGAUGAGGCGACAACGCGGGCACGGUCAUGUCUACUGGGCUGUGUUUUUUUGUUGUUUUUUUUUGGCUACAAACCUUGAUGGUUCAGCCUUACGAAGAACUGCUGCUCGAGAUUCCAUGGAUUUUAUUCCCUUUGCCCUGGCACAAAGCUUGUGGGCUUGAUCUUUUUUUUUCAAGAUUUUGGAACAUACGGAACUACAUAUCUAUUUGGGUGGGCCAGAGGUACCGUGGUGUCCACGCCGUGGCCACCCGAUACUAUAUGGGGUGGGGAAGACUGAUAUAUCUUCACGAGAGUCACGACCCGUUGCCCAUAGCCGCAGCCCUGUAUCCAGCUCAAUUGCAGGACAUUGCUCGGUCUCAAUUUGGUGCCAUACAAAUCUCACAUCUAUCUCGAAUAGCCCGUCUUGCGGACUGGUUUCGAUACCCUUGCGGCUAGAGGAGGGCACAGUUUGUUGUGCUCUGCUGCAAAGCGACUUUUGCGUUAGGGCUGGGAUUAUUUUUUUUGGUGUCUUUUUUUUUUCUGAUGUUUUCUGCUCUUCAAUCUCCAAUUUGCUACAGCAGUACCCCUCAAGCUGCGGUUGUUCCAUGGAGAUUCUCGGCUUGGCAACGUCUUACCAUUCCAGGCAUACCAUUUAGCACCGGUUUACUUCUCAUGUUUCGCACACAAGACAACUCACCGCUCAAACCCUUUUUCCUUUUAUGAAAAACCGCGGUUCUCAUCACCUGUAGCGGGGACUAAUACUCGGCUGUUUUUGUUGUUUUCGCAGUACCAGGCACAACUUGCAUUUUAAAAGAAAAGGGUUCUUUUACUAUUGGGAGUGGGAGGAUUGUGGUAUUGAUUUCUUGCUCAUAAACUUAUGUUCUCUAUGGCCAGAGACUGUUUGCAUCAGGCAAUCAAAACGGUUCGUUUUCUUUUUUUUCACCAUACAUAAAAAAGUUGGAGAGACGGGCGCUUCAGUUUGCACUCUUUUUCAUUUGGUUCUUGUUAUCUUGUCUUGAUCAUCUCUUGUCAAAAUACAUCCCCGGAAAAGACAAAAAAGACCGAAUCUGAUAGUUUGGUUUGCUGGCACCCUCUGUACAUUAUACGUCUCAAUAAACCCCUCGACCUAUGUAAAUAUCGGUAUGUGGCCUACCCACACCCGAGUUCGAUUUAUUCGCCGAUUGGUUCUAGUCGUGUGUAAUAGUAUACUGCUUAUAGAGGCCGGG